AUCAGACGAUAUAAUGCAUCCCUUGCCCGCUCUCAUUCAUUUUCCAUUUUGACAUUCUGUCACCAUAUAAUAGACUAGCUAAGGAAUCCAAGAAAAAAAAAGGACUGCUCCCCAUAAUCACCAGGCAUAGGUGGUAAUGAGCUGUUAAAAUCUGCGCGGGCUGUCCCGAACUUGAUUUUUAUUCCUUUUUUGGCUUACGGGAAUUCGCUGCCCUACCAGACAGACGAUCUUACCUUGGACAGCACAUACAACCAACACUACAACAUCCCGCAUCUAACCAGCUCAACGACGACCACCAUUACCAUAACACAUGAACCUAACAACUGAGCGAACGGGCGUCACCAUCGAUUAUACGCGCGAAACCAGUACUUCCACCUCACAAUCACCCGCACGUCAGCAGCCUCGAGGGGCUCCAGUCCAUCAAAUUCUUUCUAUACAAACUCCGGCGACCGUCCAGAGCGGUUCGCUCUGGCGGAACCCAUGUAUCGAAGGCACACUGGCGGGCAACUAUCGAGUAGGACCGGACUACAAUGUCGAUUACUCCCCUCAAGAAUCGCAUCCGGGCGAGCAGGGUCACACUUCACACGCAUACGACACACAUCACCAUCGGGGAAAUCCAAUGCAGCACACGGGACACGGGAGCUUACAUGAGCAAUCACAGUCGCACUCUCAUCACAGCAUGUCGCAACAUCACCCCGCUCACCAUCACCAGAUCCUUAUGGAUCCGGCGCAUCUCGGCAGCCAUCCGGCUGCUCGACAUAUGAGCCAUCAACCUUCUCACUACGCCCCAACGCCGUCGCCCCAUGCGGUAGUUGGUCCAUCAUUGUACUCGGCAAUGACACCCACUCAGCCCCAUAGUGCCGGAACGAAACGUAGCCGCCCUGACGACCUGGACUUAUCGGUCCCUGGUAUGUCAGAACUCGAUCAAGGCGACCUCGAUAGUAUGCAUUCUAUGGGCGCCCCAUAUGCGCAACCUCCUGGUGCAGCACCAACUCACCAUCACCAUCGGCUACCGGAUCAGGGACCGCCUACUAAGAUGAUGAGACGCGAAGGAGAUGUGAGCAUAGGGAUUGCUGGAGGCGCACCGAGUGUAGUAGGACAAGUUGGAAUGCCAGCUCCAGCGCCGAGACCAAGGGGACCAAAAUUAAAGUUUACGCCGGAGGACGACGCGCUUCUCAUCGAUUUAAAGGAAAAUAAAGCCUUGACAUGGAAGCAGAUUGCCGAUUUCUUUCCUGGGCGCUCUUCGGGUACUCUCCAGGUUCGUUACUGCACAAAGCUCAAGGCAAAAACGACCCAAUGGACAGACGAGACAGACCAGAAGCUCCGAACCGCGCUUCAAGAUUACGAAAACGAAAAAUGGAGGUUCGUGUCCAAUAAAGUUGGCCCCGGGUUUACUCCUCAAGCUUGUCGAGAGCGAGCUACACAACUCCUUGGAGGGGAGGUCGGAGAGGUUGGAGAGGAGAACUUAUAGCAAUCAGCGUCUCCGCCGGGAGUAUCAGCUCCUAGGCCCGGGGACACCAUAUAUCCGCAACAGCUUCAAGGAUGACGAGCUUAUAGAGAAGCGCACGGCCAUCACCGAUUUCUCGAACAUUAAUGGCAGAGAAUGGCAUACAUGAUUUAGCAUGAUUUAGCCUUGCUAUCAAAUGCCAAAACUACCCGUUACCGAGUAUCGUGGCUCACGAGCUAGAGUUUGGUCAUGAUUAUUAUCAACUCUCAGCAGUAACGAACAAACGAUUAUUACUCUAACGGAAUCACCGAUCAACAACUCGGAACACACGAGGCUUACGCCUUCCUAUACUUAUUUU